GAAUUAUUUUCUACACAUGCAAUAUCAUUCUAUUUUUUAUAUAUAUAUUUUCAUAAAUAAAAUUUGACAAAUUAUUAAAUUUAGUUUCAUGAUUUCGUCAUCCGUAUUAACAUAUAUCCCUCGUUCCACCAACGAAUUAAACAUGCGAGCGUAAAUCAUGAAUACUCUCUCUCACACACAGCCUAAUUUGAGGCAUUCUUCUUCUUCUUCUUCUCCAUUAUCCUUCCGCCAAUUCACAGCGUUUCUUCCACGGCGGCGACAACCUCAAUCAAUACACGCACCCAAACAUCGCGCAACCCAUGCUUCAAUAUCGGUGCCUCCCUUCAACAACUCUGCGCCUGAACUCGGCAAGGAACAACCAACAUCACCUGCAAAUUAUCCACCUGCUCUAACUCCUCUCAACUUUCUUGAAAGAGCCGCCCUCAUCUACGGCGACUGCCCUUCCAUUAUCUACAACGGCAUCACUCGCACGUGGGCCGAAACACGCAUACGAUGCCUCAAACUCGCCUCAUCCAUUGCCGCCCUCGGCAUCAGCCGCGGCGACGUCGUCUCCGUGGUGGCGCCCAACAUCCCCGCCAUGUGCGAGCUCCACUUCGCCGUCCCCAUGGCCGCCGCCGUCCUCAACGCCAUCAGCCUCCGUCUCAACGCCAACGCCGUCUCCAACCUGCUUCGCCACGGCGACUCCAAGCUCGUUUUCGUGGACUCGGAAUCCGCAUCUCUCGUCCGCGAAGCCGUUUCGCUGCUCCGGCCGCCGCAUCACCGCCCCAUUUUAGUCCUCAUCGGAGACGACGGCUGCGACGAACGCAGUUCGUUCGAUCUUGAUUACGAAAGCAUGGUGGAAAACGGCGACGCGGCGUUCGAGUGGGUCCGGCCCCGCAGCGAGUGGGACCCGAUGGUGCUGAACUACACCUCCGGCACGACCGCGGCGCCCAAGGGGGUGGUGCAUAGCCACCGCAGCGCGUUCCUGCAGUCUCUGAACAUGUUGUUCGAGUGGGGCGUGCCGCAGCGGCCGGUGUACCUGUGGACGCUGCCGAUGUUCCACUGCAACGGGUGGAACUUGGCCUGGGGUAUGGCGGCGGUGGGAGGCGCCAACGUGUGCCUCCGCCGCGUGGAUGCGCCGUCUGUGUACGGAGCUGUGGAGGAGCACGGAGUGACGCACAUGUGUGGGGCGCCGGUGGUGCUGAAUAUGUUGAGCAACUACAGCGGGAGCGGGAGGAAGGCGUUGAGCGCUCCUGUCCAUGUGAUGACGGCGGGAGCGCCGCCGCCAGCGGCCGUGCUUGGACGGGCUGAGUCGUUGGGGUUCAUUACGAGUCACGGGUAUGGGCUGACGGAGACGGGAGGGCCAGUUGUGAUGUGCACGUGGAAGCCAGAGUGGGACCAGUUAGCAGGGUCGGAGAGAGCGAGGCUCAAGGCAAGACAAGGAGUUGGAUCUAUUUGCUCCGCCGAUGUGGACGUGGUGGAGCCAAACUCCGGCGAGAGCGUGGCCCAUGACGGGUUGACGAGGGGGGAGGUGGUGCUGAGAGGCGGCACUUUGAUGUCAGGAUAUCUCAAUGAUCCAGAGGGAACGUCGCGGUGCAUGAGAGAGAAUGGGUGGUUUUGGACGGGAGACAUCGGCGUGAUUCAUGAAGAUGGAUACUUGGAGGUGAAGGAUAGGUCCAAGGAUAUCAUAAUUUGCGGCGGAGAGAAUGUCAGCAGCGUCGAGGUCGAGGCCGUUCUGUACACCCACCCAGCCGUGCAUGAGGCGGCGGUAGUGGCGCGGCCGGAUAGGUAUUGGGGGGAGACGCCGUGCGCAUUCGUGAGCUUGAAGGAGGAAGCGGCGGAGAAGACGUCGGAAAAGGAGAUAAGGAAGUUCUGCAAGGAGAGAUUGCCGCUUUUCAUGGUGCCGAGGAUGGUGGUGUUCAAGACGGAACUGCCCAAGACGUCUACUGGAAAAAUCCAGAAGUAUUUGCUCCGAGAUAUGGCCAAGGAUUUCUGAAAAUUUAGUGCCUUCUUUUAUUGCUAAUGUUAUUAUAACAUUGUGUAUUUCUUUUCUGGUCGGAUGUUGCUAUAUUGUUGUUAUUUUAAUAUUAACAAAAAUUUAACGGAAUAUAAAA